CUCUACAAACCCAAGACGGAAUCAAUCAAACUCAGGAACAAACCCCAAAUCCGACUACCUUCUCGGCCUCAAGAAGCCAGGCUAAGGCCUUCCUCAUGGAUUUGCAUCGACGCAAAUCAAUUGGUUUAAUUUUAAAUCCACCACCAAUGAAAUCUUAAUUUGAUCCUUGCAGACCUAAAACUUAGAGACUUGAUUAAAACUGUGUAUAUCAGUAUAUGUCAUGAAACCCACCACCAGGUUACUGGAAUGACACUGCAAUAUGGAAUCAAGUAGUGGAUCCCUAGUUUGCUUUCUUUCUCUUAGGAAGGUCUAGAUGAGAGAGAUUAUGUUUGAGUAUAUAAAUAUAUAUCGUAUUACUACUGAGUAUAAAAUAGUAGUAAAUAUACAGUAGUCCACUAAAGGACACCAUUUGAAAAUUCAAAAGUUCAAACCUCCAAAGUGGCGCUCAAACUAGCAUUGCAUUGAGUGAGUGUACACAGAAUAGAGGGGACAGAAUAGAAGGGGUUUUGGAGAGAGGUUUUAACAGUCUUGUCACUUGUGUGUCCUCUACGCUUCUUCUUCCUCUUCCUCAUUUCUCUCCCCUUUUCACGAGUACGUUCGGGUAGAGGGAGAAUCAUCAAAAAGCGAAAUGGUGAUUUCGAAUUCAAAAUAUGAAGAAAGCCGUCAGAAGAGAUUGGAAGAGAACAAGAAAAGAAUGGAAGAACUCAAUCUUAAUAAGCUUGCUCUCUCUCUCAAGACUAACCUUAAGCCCUCUCCGAUGAAGCCAGUGAAACCACGGGUUAGGCAGCCACUGGACCUCUCUGCAGUGAGGAGGUCCAAUCGUGUUGCAGACAAGCCACCACCUAAUUACAAGGAUGUUCCAGUUGAACCUCUGGGGAGGCCUAGAAGGAUUUAUGGCUAUAAGCGGAGGGAUUUGUCUAAUCGGGUAUAUGCCUCAGAUGAAGAUAGGGAGUAUGCUCGAGAUAGAGCAGAAGAACUGCUAUCAGGUUUGGAACCUGAUUUCCCAAGCUUUGUAAAGCCAAUGCUUCAAUCCCAUGUGACUGGUGGGUUUUGGUUGGGUCUUCCUCAACAGUUCUGCAAGAGACAUCUUCCAAAGCGUGAUGAAAUGAUCACUUUGUUGGAUGAGGAUGGAAAUGAAAGCGCAACGAAAUACCUUUGUCUGAAAACAGGACUUAGCGGUGGGUGGAGAGGGUUUGCUAUCGAUCAUCAAUUAGUUGAUGGGGAUGCAUUGGUUUUCCAAUUAAUUCGGCCCAACAAAUUUAAGGUUUACAUCAUAAGGGUGAAUCAAGCCGAAGAUAGUGAUGGGGCUUCAGAUGUUACACACCUUGACGACAUCAGUGCCAAACCAACCAAAAGAAUCAGAGCAAGCAAAAAGUAGCAUCUAGCUUUUGGCCUUGAUUCAAGUGUGUUCGCUUUUGAUGCCCGAAAAAAAACUAUGGUGUCGAAUCGUUUUCCCCGGGUAUAUGCUCUGCUCUGUGUCAAUCCUUAGUUGAUGAUGACACUCUGGCAUCCAUCCUCACUAUUUUGGAAUUUGAGGGCUAAUUACACAGUAAUCCUUUCAAGAUGUAUUGUGUAAUUAUAUAAUUAUCCAAAUUGAUGAACUGGGAUAUAUUUCGUGAUGCCAAAAAAAUGCCAAUUAUGAUAUAUAUAUAUCUUCUCUUUCUUA